CGGGCUCCUUCGAACCACGCGCCAAACCGUAAUAUCUCUCGAGGUAUUCAAGAGAGUGCAGCGAACUGAGGAAAUUGACGCGUGCGAUCGUAUUUCUACUGAUAAAGUUCCACAAAAGAAUAGAUUGAUGUUCUGUACCGGCCUGUUUUCGGCGGAAGUCAACCUAAGCGGGUGGAGUCGAUUUAAUGUACGACUCGAAUCACUGCGCAAGGUUUAGGCGUACGCUACUUAUGAUAUGCUCGAGCGAAGAUUUCAUUGUGGCAUUGAAGGAGGCCGAGUAGUAGUCAAACAUGGCUUCGGUAGAAUCAACGACCAGUAUUCACGAGGAAUUUGCAGCCGAUGACAUCACGCGGAGUCCGCUUAUCGUAACGCGAAAGUCGUAUUCAGUGCGCCAGAGUUGACACGACCACUACCUCGAAACGCCACCCAUCCAGCGCGACCGUGAUCGCGCGCGGACUCGUAUGAUGUUAAACGCGGAAUGUCGUCCGUGUCGAGAUCUCUCACCUGCCAAACCAAGCGCUUGGAAAACGUAGCUACCAGCUAUGCGAGCGAGCGAGCGAGCUGAAGGGAGCAAGCUUUCAACUGCGAGAAUCAGAUCGGCACGAUUGAUUCCCGACACCUCGCAAGCGCAAUCUGACAAAUUUGCCAACAGAGCCGUAGCACCUACAUGCUAGUCCUGCAUUGAUCGCGAGCAUUGAGCCGAGCGGCUCUCCAUCUCUCUCGAACUCCGUGCGCCUCUACUCGCUUCUCCUCCUCGUGUCUUCGCAUUCCCUCCGUUGUCCGGAACCUUCAUUCACUCCAUGUACACGAAAAUCGAACGAGCUGCUCCAAAAUCAAUGCGCGAGUCCCGACAAAGUCGCAACUCGAGCUCCUUUGGCGGCGCUGGUUGCCUCGUGGCAAGCCGAAAGGAGCCGUUUCGGGGAAUGAACGCCGCUGGCUGCCCUAGUGACGUGGCGGUGACAGAGGCUUGGAGGAUCUUCGAGGAAUGGGGAUUUCCGAGUAAGAUCGGCAGGAGAAUGGGCAGCAGGAGUUGAAGCUCUGGACUCGAUUUGGCUGGGCAGGGCAAAGAGGAGGGCGGAGACGAGACGAGACGAGACUCUGGGACUGUGAUCUUCGUCGAGUGAAUUCUACGCGUCGGCAUGUGCGGGCGGGCGAGGUGUACAAUUCGGGUGGACGAUGUGGGACGUGCGACUGGGCACCGGAGGCCAUUACGCUCCGUGGACAGUGACAGAUAUCGCCCUUCUUACAAUGUAGCCCCGGGUCGUUAUAUGCCAGUUGUGCGUUCAGUGCAAGCUGGGGAGGCCACGGAGCAAUGUUCGACCGAGCCUGUCGUGCACUGCAUGAAGUGGGGCUUGAUUCCAAGUUUUACCAAAAAAACCGAGAAGCCUGACCAUUUUCGCAUGCGACCAGUUUGAAACGUUACUAGUCAAAGAAGCCGACUGAAAAAUUGUUUCCAUGCUCAAUGGGCAGUUCAAUGCACGCUCGGAAUCAGUGCAUCUCAAAUCAUCGUUCAGCAGACUUCUAAAGAAAAGUCGUUGCGUCACAGCAGUAGAAGGAUUUUACGAGUGGAAGAAAGAUGGGUCCAAGAAGCAGCCUUAUUAUCUGCAUUUCGAGGACGAACGGCCUCUUGUAUUUGCUGCUCUUUACGACAGUUGGAAAGAUGAAGAAGGCAAUGUUCACCAUACAUUCACAAUCCUGACGACUCGCGUUUCGAAGGCACUUGGUUGGCUCCAUGAUAGGAUGCCGGUCAUUCUUCCGAACGAGGAAGCUGUUAUGUCAUGGUUGAAUGACGAUUUGUCAGAAGCCUCUCUUCACAAGCUUACACAACCAUACGAAGCUUCAGACCUGGUUUGGUAUCCAGUAACUCCUGAAAUGGGCAAGCCAUCGUUCGAUGUUCCUGAAUGUGUACAGGAGGUCAAACUCAAAGUAGCAAAAGAAAGCUCUAUAUUUCAACUCUUUGCAAAGAGAAAGAAUAUGGAAAGCUCGAGCCAGGAUGACAGUCGGUCGGCUAGCCAAGUCCCCGACACGACGAAGCACCAGUCUUCAGAAGACGGAUUUCCUGCCUCACAGGUGAAGGAUGAGGAUGUGGAGAUUGAAGGGGAUAGAAAAGUUCUUAAAGAAGAAGUGGGUAAAGGCGACGUUGCAGCUAAAGAAGAGAUUCAUGGAGAGAAAGAUCAUGACAAUGGCCACGAGGAAGGUGUUGUAGUGAAAGAUGAAUCUAAUGAAAGCGAAUUUGUAGUGAACGAGAAGGAUCAUGACGAUAGCCACGAGGAAGGUGUUGUAGUGAAAAAUGAACCUCCUGAAAGCGAAAUUGUAGUGAACGAGAAGGAUCAUGACGUUAGCCACGAGGAAGGUGUUUUAGUGAAAGAUGAACCUCAUGAAAGCGAAUCUGCUUACGAGAAGGAUCAUGACGAUAGCCACGAGGAAGGUGUUGUACUGAAAGAUGAACAUCCUGAAAGCGAUUUUGUAGUGAAGGAGGAAGUUUAUGACAAUGACCACGAGGAUCAAAAGCAGGUACUUUCUUACGUGAAGUCAAGGACAGGUUAUGAACCGGAGGCAAAGAGAAGGCAUGUAGCAUUGCCUCAAAAGGUUACAAAGAAACCUGCUGUCAAAGCAGUCAAGGAGGCGUUAUCGGAUAAGCAGACAUCUUUGCAUUCGUAUUUUGCAAAGAAGUGAAUAUUGAAGGGGUUUCACAGCUUUGAAUUUUGAAAGGGAGAAUGUAUUUCAGGUCUGACAUGUAUACUAUGAAUAGUAGCGACUGCGCAAGGACACGCUGCCGUGAUAAUAGUACUGCAGUGUGUGAAAGUGAGUGUCUUUCUGGAUAAUGCCAGUUGUAAAUGAGAAGCAUUCCAAUCAAACUUUGUACAUGAAGUUUAUACAGACGAAAAAUAUGUGA